UCCUUUUAGACUCUUAAUACCCAACUCAAAACCCAGCCCACCGUCCGAGCUUUCCCGUUCGGGCGCUUCAAGCCUCGCACUCGAUUGAGACUCUUGGAGGCGGAAUCAACAUUGGAAAAACAGAUAGGACGAAAUACCCAACAGAACUCAAGCCAGCGUCUAAGCUUCCCUAUUCGGCUGCUCCAAGCCUCCCGCCCGAUUGAAACUCUUGAGGACGGAAAAAACAGAGGGAAAACCGGGGUAAACAUAGGAAAAAUCAACGGAAAAAAAAAAGAAAGACGGAAAAAUCGAAAGUUGCUUCUUUCUCCUGCAUUUGCACUAUGAUUCCAGCAUUAUCAUCAUCUGCACCACCUCCUCAGUUUCUAGCAUGGCAACCUCUUCAAUCUGCUGGAAGUUCUUUCUGGCGACUAGAACACGUGCAUGAGCAUCUAAGAAAGUUAAGAGAAACUAUUGAUCUGAUGAAAGCGGUGCAGAAAGAACUAGAGGAAAUUCAUUGUAUGAGAAGUUCCAGUCAAGAUAAUGCUGAUAGAGAUGACUUUUUAUCCGAUGAUCACCUAUCAGGAAGAAAAAUCUUGCAAACUUCAAAUGACACCAUCACCAGAGACACCUUUCAGCAUGUCGAGAAUGACGUUCUUCUGCAAUGCUCUGAGACAGUUAAGGCAAAGAGGAUUGGUUUACAUGCUCAAGAGUCUCUUGCAAUGGAAGCCGCAUGCUCUAUAUUUUCUACUCUUAAAAAUCAACUUAUACCUUUCUGUGUAAUCACAAAUCAAGCAAGUCCAUGGGAAGAAAGGUCGGUGGCGGUAAAAUUAGCUCAGAAGCUGCAAAAGUCUAGGAGGAACAAAUGUUGGAAGAAAAGAAAGAGAAAACAUGUUGCAGAACUAAUCAACAAGGAGCGUGAAGAUUAUGAAAAAGCUGAUCAGGAAGCUGAUGAAUGGAGGAUGAGGGAGAUUGCCAAGGACAUUGCAAGGCGCAAGGUAGAAAAAAUGAAGGAAAUUGCAAAAGUCAAAGCUAACGAGGAGAAAAGAAGACUAGAAUCUGAGCUUGAGCUUGUAUUAAUUGUGGAGAAGUUGCAAGAGCUUCGCUCCAUCAGAAUUCAAAAAUUGAAGAAACAAGGUCAUUUUCUCCCUGAAGAGGAUGAUAAAUUUCUUGAGCGAGUGCAAGCUGCUGUUGAAGAAGAGGAGCGCCAAGCUGCAGCUGCUGCUGACACAAAUGCUGCUAAGGAUGCUAUUGCAACAGCUGAGGAAUCUAGAAAGGCUAUCCACAGUGCAAGCAGUGAAGCAAAUGAUGUAGAUCAUGAUAAAGGUGAGGUGAUGGUGAACCAAGACCAGGUGGAUGGAAUUGAAGGUGAAAGAAGUUCAGAUCUAAAUGCAAACCUGAAAUCUGAACAACAAAAUGUUGAAGGUCAAAGUUGUGGUGGAGGCUAUGAUUUCGUUGCCAAUUUACCAUUUGAGUUCUACCACUAUUAUCAUGGAAGCAGCAAUGAUAUGGGAACACUAAUUGAGGUCAGAAAAAUGUGGGAUGCUUACAUCAGACCUGGAGGAAGCCGGAUACCUGGGCACUGGAUUCAGCUGCCACCGCCUGCUGAUGGAGUCUGGGCGUCCUAUCUUGUUCACAAGAAGUAAUAACUUACUAAAGCAAGCAUUGGAGGCAUCUUUCUGUGGCUUGCAUCAUGGCCUUAGAUGAGACAGCCAUCUUGAAAAGUUAAGACAGUUGCACAAGUUGAAUUAGAUUUUGAGAUGGUUCGAUUUUUAAUACAUUGUCUUCUGCUGCUGAAGGCAUACAAUUGAAAUGUGUCAUUGUAGCCUGAUUGACACAAGCUUUGUUCUUUUUUCCAUUAAUGAUAUGAUCUCCUUAGAGAAA